ACAUUAUAUUGGGGGCCAAAUACUACUUAAACAUCGGACUAACCAGAAUGUCCACCACAGAAGUCACCAAACAUGUGGAUUUGGAUCCUAAUGACGUCCAACGUGUCGCAAUACGAAAGGAACAUCGCCUUGAGAUUGUCGAAUACGAUCCAACUUGGCCCGAAGCAUUCGCAGUGAUCUCAAAACGUAUCAAGGACGCGCUCGGCGACCGCGCGCUAGACGUUAUCCACGUCGGGUCAACGAGCAUCCCCGGCUUGCCUGGCAAAAAUGUCAUUGAUGUCGACCUGAUCGUGGUAGAUCCAAGCAAGGAAGAACGGUAUGUGGCAGAUAUGGAAAAAGCAGGCUUCCAGUUCCUCCACCGCGAACCCGGCUGGUUCCAGCAUCGCUUCUUUGGGUCCAGUGAACCCUACGGCAAUAUCCAUUGUUUCGGACCGAAUUGUCCGCUGGUAAUUCAACACCAGAUCUUUCGAGAAUGGAUCAUGGAUCCAGACCAUCAGGAUGAUUUCCAGAAAUAUGUCCAGAUCAAACAAGAAGCCUCUCGCGCCUCAUUAGCGGCUGGCGAGACGGCUGAUCAGUAUAAUCUCCGCAAGCAGCCCUUCAUUCGCGACAUCCUGGAUCGUGCAUUCAAAGUCCGUGGGUUACUCGAUUAACCCAGCAUAUCCUUGGCUCACUGCUGCCAUUUAGGACAGCUUUUGAGAAGUCUUAAGGUGCUUAGAACCAUUACUACAUAACUUUUGAAAAAUGUCCAUUGUAUGCUGACGGGUUUAGUGCCUCGUCGGGACCGGUGCUAUUCCUUGGCUUGACUCUCUUGCCUUCGAUCUUGCCGGCAUACGGCUGAAAUAUCUGCUAUGGAGAUUGCCC